UGUUGUCACCGUCUGUUUGCACAAGAGCAAAGUGGUUCAAAGCAAACAUGAUGAAAUAAACAUACGUGUCAUGUUUAAUGUGCGCAAAACCGCAGCGAUAGUGAAGAGCUUGCUCAACAAAUGAAGAUUUCCUGAGGUAUCGUUUGAGAAAAGAAACAACAACAAGAGACAAGCAAUUAUUUGGGGGCGACCGAUUUACAGUUUAUCUCGAAGUUUCUGAGUGAUUUGUGAAGAAGUCUCCUUUAUAGUAUUUUACUAAAGUGCGAGGAUGAACGUGGGUACGGCGCACAGUGAGGUGAAUCCAAACACCCGCGUGAUGAGCAGCAGGGGCAUAUGGCUCACCUAUGUACUUGGCAUCGGACUCCUACACAUCACAUUACUCAGCAUACCCUUCGUCAGCGUCCCGGUGGUUUGGACUCUUACCAACCUCAUCCACAACAUUUGUAUGUAUAUCUUACUACACACGGUGAAAGGUACGCCAUUUGAGACCCCGGACCAAGGCAAGGCCCGGCUACUGACCCACUGGGAACAGAUGGACUACGGGGUCCAGUUCACCGCCUCCCGAAAGUUUCUUACCAUCACCCCUAUAAUGCUGUAUUUCCUGACCAGUUUCUAUACAAAGUAUGACAGGGUGCACUUUGUCAUCAACACCAUUUCCCUGCUCACUGUGCUUAUCCCCAAACUGCCUCAGUUCCACGGGGUCCGUCUCUUUGGAAUUAAUAAGUACUGAUGAGGUCAGAGGACCACAAAGGCUCCCUUAACCUGCUUCAUAUCCUGUUGGCCAUAUGUCAACCCAUUUUGAUCUUUGGCACAAGAAGAUCGGUUGUGUUCAUGCUGUUGACGUUCAAAGCACUUCAUGACUUAUUCUGUAGGUAUAAACGAAGUGGGACAUUUAGGCCUUCAUAGGAAACGCCGCUGCUUUGUGGUAGGAAUGGCUGAAUAAUCUGCUGUGGUAUCACUUGAAAUCAUGUUUUUUUAGUGUAACGCUUGGUAGACAUACAAACACAUUUGUAGAAUCACCAGCAGAAUGCUGCAGAUGCUUCAGAGUGUCUUUGGAGAUGUUAGGACCCCUGUUCUACUGUGUUGAAACAGACCGAGACAUUGCAAAAGCAGUGUUGCUUAUCAGCAUGAUGUAAGUAAUUUGGUAUGUUUGCAUUCAGUCAAGUGGCAGAAAGGCUGCUUUGAUGUCAGUGAAUUUGAUUGGUCAAAAUUGUCCAGGACACAGUGUGAGGCUAUACUGGACUGGUUCGUCCUCCCUUCAUAACAUUUUUAGGAACCAAGUCAGCGCGUCCUGAGGUACAGGUGUUUAGAGAGAGAGAAGAAAGGUACAGUGGCAAGUAUGUGAACACUUUGGAAUUACCUGCAUUUCUGCAUUAAUUAUCUGCUUAAAGGAAUGACAAACAAUUAACAGCACUUGUUCUUGUCAAUACAGAAUAUAUGAUUUAAAAAAUUCACAGUUUAGGGUUGAAAAAGUAUGUGAACCUCUGGGCUAAUGACUUCUAAAAAGCCAAUUUGGAGGCAUGUGUUAUUUAAGAAGAUGAGAUUGUAGAGGUGCUUUGCUAUAUAAAAACAAUAUAUCUCAAGAAGCAUGUGAACCAUGCCCUGAUCAAAACAAAUGUCAGAGGAUCUUAGAAGAAAUGUAGAGAUGCAUGAAGCUGGAAAAGGCUACAAAAGGGUUUCAAAAGAUCUGGAUGUUCACCAAUCCACAGUACGACAAACUGCCAACAAUUGGAGGAGAUUUAGCACUGUUGCUACUUUCCCUAGGAGUGGGCACCCUGCAAAGAUUUCCCCAAGAGCACAUUGUGCAAUGAUGAAGAAAGUGAAAAAAGAACCAAAGGGUAAAAGCAAAAGCUCUGCAGAAAUCUUUUAAACUUGCUCAUUUAUGUGCCCACGAUAAGAAAAACACUGAAUAUGAAUGGUGUUCAUAGGAGGACAACACUGAGGAAACCAAUGCUUUCCAAACAAAACAUUUCUGCACAUCUCAAGUUUGCGAAAGACUAUGCUGAUGCUCCACAAAGCUUCUGGGAUAAUGCUGUGUGGACAGAUGAAACUAAAAUUACAUUUUUUGGCAAAAAACACAACACUAUAUUUUGAGGAAAAAGGGUGCUUCACACCAAAACCUCACAACAACUGUAAAGCUUGGUGGAGGAAGCAUCAUGCUUUGGGACUGCUUUGCUGCAUUAGGACGUUGACAGCUUGAAAUCAUUGUGGGAAUGAUCAUUUUGAAAGAUUGUGUCAAGAGAUUUGAUAGAAAAUGACAGCGUAGCAAUCUGUCGUCUAAAAGAAGUUGGGUGAUACAACAAGACAAUGACCCAAAGCACACUAGCAAAACAACAGAAUGGCUAAAAAUGGUCCCAAUUGUGGCAUUACCUGAAGAGGGCUGUUCGUGCAAGAAAUCGCCAACAAACCCAUUUGUAGGGAGGAAUGGUGUAAAAUCCACCCUCAGUGUUGUACAAGGCUGAUCAACAGCUACAGGAAAUGUCUGGUGGAGGUUAUUGCUGCUGGAGGAGGCUUUACCAGUUAUUAAAUACAAGGGUUCACAUACUUUUUCCAGCCUGGACUGUGACUACUUAAACAACUAUUUUAAUAAGACAUCAAAAUUUAUUAUUUGUUUGUCAUUACUUUAAACAGAUUGUGUUUGUCUUUUAUUAUGCGAAGAUCAGACUAAAUGCAGAUACUGUAAUUCCAAAGGGUUCACAUACUUCUACUUGCCACUGUACAGUGUUUCUUUAGAGGGUGGAAGAGUCUAUUUUUAGGUAAGACUAAUUGCUGUUUCACUUAAUGUCCACUUAAAGUUAAAUGGACUAGUUUGACUAGAUUAAUAGUUUGACGAACCUCACCAUGUCUUCCUAAAACUUCCACCAACCCCCUAUUUUAUAGCUUUACCUCUGAAGUACAAAGGCAAAAUACAGUAACUACACUGUCAAAAUUAAGUUGUGACUGAAAGUGGGUCUCUUCAUAGGAUAUGAUCUGUCCUGUGACAGAUUGGUUUGGCUCAACUAUGCUCCGAUUCAGAGAAAACUGAGUGUUUCAAUGUUGGCAUAGUUACUAACAUUAUGCCUUUUUGUAGGGCAUAUAGGGUAUAGGCUUGUUUUUAGAUUUUUUUUUUUUUUGACAACUAGAAUUUUAUAUGUGAUUUUUUAAAAAAUAUAUUUUAAACCGAUUAUGCAUAUCUUUGUUGCAUUGCUACAGUACACCUACAGUAGGAGGUUUUAACCAGAACCCUUGGUUUAAUCUGUAUGAAUAAAACAUCUAAGACCAGCUUUAGUUGAUUAAAGGGAACACUGGUACAGGGAAUAUUGGACCAAUUAGUCCGCUUUAAUGCUCUAGAUGCAGUCUAACUGUGUGAACUUCGUUACUUUUGAACUGUAAUUGCCAUCAUUGGACUGUGGGUCCGCAUGUCCCAGAGUGAUUGUUCACAGCCUUGAUGAUUUUGCAGUGUGCUAAGGUACAGAAUUAUUCUGUGAAUGAUGAGGUGUUCAAGUGUUGUUCUAUGUUUACUCGCAUGCUGUUUUAUUACGUCAGCGCUUUGGACUGAUGUCAUGACUCAUGUCUGAAUAUGUAAAUUAGGCAUAUUAAGUGGAUCAACAGACCCUGUGAUUGUGAUCUGCAUUUUGCAGGACAGCACUUAUUUUUGGUAACCGAAAAUGUAUUGAAAUUAAGUUUUUGUAGUAUUCCGAUAUUGAAUAUUAUAAGGUGUGUCUAACUCUAGUGUCAUUUUACCUCAUUCUUACGGUUCAAGAUUCUGAAAAUGUUGCUUUGAAAACAGCGUUCCUUGCCUUUUUGUAGUUUCACACAGUAUUUCAUUGUCUUAUUCUUUGUAGCCAUUUUAUUUUAAAUAUGCAGUGCACGUUCUGAUUACAAUGUUUGUUUUAUUGCUGCCUCUGAUGGUUCGCAUUACAGUCAGUAAAAUUGUGAAACCUGUAUCCUGCUUAUGUGUAGCAACAAUUUAUCUUCAGUACAAACAGUUUAUCCACUAGUUUUAUUUUGUUUAUAAAUCAUAUCAAUGCUUCUGUGUAUAUAUUUUCAUGCCAAAUCAUGUUUAAUAUCAAUAUGUUCAGUAUUCGUAAUAAUAUUACCAUUACAAUAUUCAAAACCGUAUUCACCCUUUCAGAUUUAGCAGUAUUUUAGACAAAAAAUAAAUAAAAAUAAUUAUGCCUUUGAGGUGGCAAGUUGAAUUAACAAGCAUUUUUAAGUAUACAAAUUGAUAAAAUGACAACUUACCAUGUUAAGUUGACUUUAACGUUUUAAGUUGUCAACUCAAAAGCACUCUCAUGCUCCGAUAACUUGAUUGAAUUAAAAAAAAUUCCAGUAGAGAAAUCAUGAAAAUGGUCCACCUAACUCAAAACACCCAAGUAAUAAAGUCAAUAUGUUGGGAUUUGUUUAUUGCACUCAUUUAAUUUGGGUUAAAGCAACACAAGGGUUAACCAUGUGGUUCUUGGUGAUGAUCAAUUUUUGUAAGUGUGUUUUAUUUUUUUCUUCUUGCAAUUGAAUGUCUGUUAUCAACAUUGUGACAGGACUGAUUCCAUUUCAAAAUGACUGUAUAGUUGAUAGUUCAUUCGUUUGUUUAGAGUUCGUCAGCAGGCCUUCAAUUUUCAUUAUUUGCAGAUGUUUUUGCACUUAUUUGAUUGGCUUCAGUUAUAGGUAAUGGGACUAGCCCUAAAAUUUAACCUCCUCACUUUCUGUGUCUAUGCAUGUAAACAGGAAUUUCGUCAUUGUGUAUGUCACAGAGUUUACACUGCUGCCAAUGAGUCUGAGAACUGCUCUUCGUGUAUGUUUAGUUUUUCAUAUGUAUUGUGGGUUGGUAGGAUGGUCAUUUACAUUAAAAGUUUGGAUUUGACAUACAAUUUAUCCUGAGCAACUAGUGUGCAUUCAAAGUAUACAUUCUGUUAGUACAUGCGAUUCCUGGGAUUCAAACCCACAACAUUAUUUUAGCUACAUGAACCCUGAUUUUGCUGUUCACAUCAAUGGCAGAGCCUUUCUUGUAUAGCCAAGAUAUUAAAAUAUAUUGUAGCAUUUACUGGUGCAGCAGAGCUUUUCGGACAAACUGUUACAUUACAGUCUCGCAUCUCUACCCUGACAGUUUCCUCCUGUUUACAUUCACAAAGUGAUUAUGAUUGACUGCAUCAGUGAGGCGACUCCCAUAGCAAUUCACUUGGUGCAUAAUGUCAUGUUAUGCAAUACGCUUAAAUACCAGUGAAAAUCGUAUCCUGCAACUAAUGAAGUAUGCUUAUUAGUUAAUGUAAAACAUAGUGUAGUAAUAAAUUAAUGAACGCAAAGCAUACAGUACAUGACAUAUUAAAAUGACCUGGCUGAAUCAAGACCUUCACCGACAAACAGAUAGUCCCUCCCAAAUUGAAAAUUCUGCCAUUAUUUACUCCACCUCAUGCUUUACAACCCAUAUUACUGACUUUGCUUCUUUGGAACACAAAAAGAAAUGUCAGGAUGUACAUUUUGGGUGAACUACCUUUUAAUGUUGAUCUAGUGCAUGUCUACAACAUGGACCAAACCAUAUUUUAAUGCAGAAAACUGGCCCUUUUAAAGUGAUUUCUUGUAGUUGCACAAAUGAGACUGUUUACUUGGAUGACACCGAUACUAUACAUAAAAAAAAAAAAGUCAAAUUUGCCUGAAUCCAUAGAGCUGGGUCAAAGCAUGAUCUGGGAGGUGAGCACACCAGUAUUGCAGCUUGUGCAACGUGAGCCAGGUCUGUGCUCUUGGGCUGUUACCCAAAGCUAGCAACUUUUUAAACAUUGACUAGGUAAGAGUUGGUCACAAUCAGCCAGAGUGAGGCCUCAUGUGUUAGUCUUGGUUCUCCAUUACUUGCUACAGCCUGUGUAAGCUGUCUAUUGGCCUCCAAACACAUUUUCCACACACCUCUACUCUGUGAGCAGAUUCCAACCGUGAGGUGUGUCCUCAUUUCUUACAGUGGCUUACCUAAUCUUUGUAACUAUUAUAAUUUUAACACUGCAAAUUGUUCCUGGGAUGUAUUUUUGUAUAUUGUAUCCCAUAGUGUUGUCAAUAGCAAUACAAUAACAUUGGUUUGUACCUUUUGUAGGUAUGGAAGGUUAGUGAGUGAUAUAUAGUGCCCAAAAAUGUAGUUUCUCUCAUCAUUUACUCACCCUCAUGCCAUCCCAGAUAUGUGACUUUCUUUUCUGAUCACAUUUUAGAAGAAUUUAGAUUUUUAGAAGAACAUCUCAGCUCUCCAGAAGUGUGAAGGUCCAAAAAGCAUAUAAA